GUGUGUGUGUGUGUGUGUGUGUGUGUGUGUGUGUGUGUGUGGGUGUGUUGUGCAGCACAUGCUUCCUCUUCAUCUUGUUGUUCUUCUUGGUGAAUGAGGAGCUGCCUGCAGAUUCUCAGAAGUGGUUGAUGUCAGCAUGAACGCUUUCACGGCUUCAGUCCUAGAGGCUGCAAAGCGGUUGGAAAACCAUUCUCCUGCUCCAGAGGCUGUGACCAAGACACUGACGCUGGACACCAACUCAGGCAAAGGAGACCUUGCAGCCUUGAUUGGAGGGAUUGUGGGUGCGGUGCUGCUCGCGCUCAUCUGUGUAAUCGCCGUGUUGAUGUGGUGCCUUUCCAGACAUAAAGGCUCAUACAUCACCAACGAGAUGGACGACGAUGACGAUAUGGACAACGACGAUGAGGAGCCUUUCUGCUCCGAUAUGGUGCUUCAAACCAACGAACCUCUGACGGUCGAAGAAGAUGAAGAAAGUAGGACAGAGACUUGAUGGGAGCAGUCAGGGACAAAGGAGUUUUUAUAGCUUUUUUUUAUAGUUGUGAGAAAUGUAAGGUUUUAAUUUCUUCAAGCUGCAAGAAGCAAAUUUGCACUUUGAUGCCACCAGAUGACAGAAAAAUUAAUGGUACCUGCAAAGCUGGAUUUAAUUUGUCUGAAUUUUAAGGCUUUAAAAACGUAAAUCAAAUUAAUAUUUCCAGGCACCAAUUUGAAUUUAAACAUCAGAUCAGGAUCCUUAUACCAGACCGUUUUGCCAUCUCUGUAUCGAUUUACAAUCAGGGGACAUAACACUCAAAAAAAUACUCCAGAGACCAAAUGUAAAGAUUAACUGCAACAUUUUUAUGACUAACAGCUCACUGAAGUUUGAUAAGAAUGUAUCCUGAAGUGCAAUGGAUCUUUAACCAGCGACUUUAAUUUUUCUUUUGCCUUCUUUGUAAAAAAAAAAACCAGCCAGGACUUUUAUUUUAUUUAUUAGAAUCCAAGGCUGCAUUCACGUUGAAAACUGUUGAUUUCUUUCACAUAAAUAUACUGUGAGAUACUUUCUAUGACUACUUUGGCAGAAUAACUUUAAAAUGAAAGUUUUAAAACUCAUUCACCAGAGUCGCAUGUUAAAGCCUCCACCUGCCACCAGAUGCUGCUGGUUUUCUCAAACGUGAUAAGCAUCCAUCAGCAUCUUAACUCUUGAGUGCCGGGGUUUGUUUUUCCCACCCUGGUCAUAUUUGUGAUCAUAUUUUAAGCUCUAAACUAACUGCAGACUGAACGCUGACUAACAUACCACUGUCAUAAAUCAUCUCCAGGAAAUAAUCCAUACCAAGAAAUGUGUAAACAUUUAGACAAGAGAGUUGAUGGUAAUUUUCUUUUUUUAACUUUUACCAGCUAAUGUUUUUUUUUUACAUAAAAGAAUGGACGUAGACGUUUUGUAAUUGCUUACAUAUAGUUGUUAAAAUACCCUCUGGACUUAUUUACAUUUUUAUAAGAAUAAAGUUCACACGUUUUGAUAAAUUGUA